CGGCAAGACGAGAUGAUGAGGAACAAGCAGAAACACCUAGAAGAACUCGACCAACUCUGACGAAGGUUCCAAUACCAACGUCAGAUGGUGAAAAUCUUCGACUUCAGAUGGUGGAAGACAGUUGUAAAAGUCUACCGGCAAGAACAAGUGCUUCCGCGUCACAGACACGACUAGGCGGUAUGUUCCGAGGUGGUUUUUCCCCUGACACCAGCACUUCACUGCUAAAGAUGAAAGCUGCUGUAUCGGGAACCAGUUUUCUGACCGGCCUCUUUCGUACAGCAAACGCAAAGAGAGCGGCAGUUAUGCCGGAGCACACUGUUUUAAUGACUGCGGAUGAAAGAAUAAAAGUUUCUCCAGAGGUCGAAACACUACGCAAAAAUAAAUCUGCACGCAGACUGGAACUGAAGUUAUGAUGAAGUAACUACGAUCUAGAUCAUGUCGACACGAUUUUUUUGAAUUUUGGCGAAGUUGAAGUAUGCACUGCGGACUGGAUGAGAGUCAAAACCAAAAAUUCAUCAUCAUAAUGAUGAUGGUGAUGAUGAAUAUGAUCUUUAGAUUGUUUGACGAGCACUCUUAUUGUCGUCCUUCCUUCUUUCAUUUCCGUUUUCCAAGAACGCCGCUGCCCUAGACGAGGAAGAGCGCGAAUUACGUCAAUGGCUCAAAUUCGACCUCUUUUUUGGGAUUUUUGUACUUUUGAACGCGGUAGUGAUGGGAAUCGAAGCUGGGGAUCCACAUUUCCGAGACAAAGAUAGCGCUUUCUUCGAGAACAGACCUGC